CCACCAAGUGUCGCACCACAUGGCCGCCUCUACCUCGUCGUCGUCGACCGACGUGUUCGCCUCGACCCCUCAAGCUCCGGCCGACCCCAUCUUUGCCCUCACGGCGGGCUACCAGGCCGACUCGUUCAAGCAGAAGGUCAACCUCGGCGUCGGCGCGUACCGCGACAACAACGGCAAGCCGUUUGUGCUCCCCGUCGUGCGCAAGGCCAAGCAGAUCCUCGCUGCCGACGAGUCGCUCGACCACGAGUACCUGCCAAUUGCGGGCCUGCCCGCCUUCGUGAGCGCGACGGGCAAGCUCAUCUUUGGCGCCGACAGCCCGGCCAUCAAGGAGGAGCGCGUUGUCUCGAUCCAGACCAUCUCGGGCACGGGCGCCAACCACUACGGCGGCGCGUUCCUCGAGCGCUUCUACGAGCCGUGGCUCGGCAAGUCCAAGGAGGACAAGGUCAUCUACGUCUCGAACCCGACCUGGGCCAACCACAAGGCCAUCUUCAACUCAGUCGGCCUCACCCCGGUCGACUACCCGUACUACGACCCGCAGACGAUCGGCCUCGCCCUGCCCAAGUUUCUCGAGUUCCUGCGCAACGCUCCGAAGCAGAGCGUGUUCCUCCUGCACGCGUGCGCCCACAACCCGACCGGCGUCGACCCGACUCGCGAGCAGUGGCAGGAGAUUGCCGCCAUCUUCAAGGACAAGAGCCACUUUGCCUUCUUCGACUGCGCGUACCAGGGCUUUGCGUCGGGCGACCUCGACAACGACGCGUGGGCGGUGCGCCACUUUGUGUCGCAGCGCAUCCCGCUCCUCGUGUGCCAGUCGUACGCCAAGAACGCCGGCCUGUACGGCGAGCGCAUCGGCGCCCUCAACCUCGUCGCGUCGACGUCGGGCGACGGUCCCGGCGGCGCCGCCCGCCUGCGGUCGCAGCUCCUGAUCCUCCAGCGCCAGGAGAUCUCGAACCCGCCGACGUUCGGCGCGCGCAUCGUCGGCAUGAUCCUCAACGACGCCGACAUGUUUGACGAGUGGAAGCGCGACGUCAAGACGAUGGCCGGGCGCAUCAUUGCCAUGCGCGAGCGCCUGCACGACUUGCUCGUCAACGAGCUCAAGACGCCGGCGCCCGGCCCCAACGGGUGGGACCACGUCACGAAGCAGAUCGGCAUGUUCACCUUCACCGGCCUCACGCCGCCGCAAUGCAAGGCCAUGGUCGAGCGCGGGCACGUCUACAUGACGGGCAACGGGCGCAUUUCGAUGGCGGGCAUCAACGACGGCAACGUCGAGUACGUCGCCCAGUGCGUCGACAAGGCCAUGAGGGGCACGCUCUAGACGGCCGGCGCGGUUGGUGCGCUCGCCGGGGAGGCGUAGAUGAUCCUGCGCUCCGUCGAGGGCGCGGGCAAGUGUUCAGAUGCAGUGCAGGAGCUUUGUCCGUACAGGCUCGUCGACGU